UUGGACGUAGGCUCACAUAGCCUAGUGUUAGAGUAUAACAGUAACUUUCCCAUUAUUAUUUCAAAUCUAAACCAAUAUGAGGUGGAACAGGUUUCUGUGUGUUCGGCAGGUUUAACAGUUUCAACUCUCAACAAUUGAUUACAAUUCCAUUAAUUUAUUUAACUCACUUUGGAGUGGAAAGAGGUAGAGUUUCAGCUUGCUGUCUGGGACUAAAAGUGGGAGUCUCUCUGGAGGAGGGGAUGUCAGAGAGGGUGUGCAGCAAUAACAGUGUGAUGCAGGCACGGAGGACUGUGGAACAACUACGAGUGGAGGCAAGCAUGGAGAGGAUCAAGAUCUCCACAGCAGCUGCCCAGCUGGUGCAGUACUGUCAGGAGCACAGUCGCAGUGACCCCCUCCUCACCGGCAUCUCUGCCUCCUCCAACCCCUUCAAAGACAAGAAGACCUGUGUCCUGCUGUAGAAAGGCUGCCCCAGGUCACUGCUCUCUGGUGCUGCAUUCAACAGUGCUUCAUCAGGAACAGUGAAACAUUUUGAUGCCAGGCUGCGUCAACAUGUCCUACUUCAUCAUGCCAGACAAGACAUUAACGUGUUGGCUAAAGCAGAACCUGACUGGUUGGUACAGUAUUGGUCAUGUUGUAACUUCAGCAUGUGGCUUGCAGUCCAGAAUGUCUCAAUAACAAAGGAGAGCAAACUGUUUCUUCUUGACAUUACAGAGGUACACUGGUUAACAAUGAAUUCAUUGAGUGUAAACAUUUUAUUCAUAACAAAAGAAGUCACACAUUGCAUAUUCACAAAUGCAUAUUUACAAAAUCUGAAUCAUUUGGGUAUUUCUAUGCAGUCAGAGGACUCUUGCAGCAGGUGAA